UCCUAAAAUAUUUUCCACUGUGGGUACAAGUGUAGAAAUUCAUUGUCAUGCUGAAGGCGUCUGAUCCUAGUUAGAUCUGCAGUUUGUGCUGUUUUUAAAAACCUUACAAGAUGGUGCGUGAGCAGUAUAGUUCAGCAACACCGGGUACUAACAUACAGAGACCAGAAUCUCAGUGUGUCUACAGUGUUGGCAUUUAUGGCUGGAGAAAGCGCUGCCUUUAUUUAUUUGUCCUCCUCCUGAUCAUCAUUCUCGUUGUGAAUCUUGCUCUGACAAUUUGGAUUCUUAAAGUAAUGUGGUUUUCAUCAACUGGAAUGGGAUACCUAAAUGUUAAAAGUGAAGGACUUCGUCUAGAAGGAGAGUCUGAAUUUUUAUAUCCAUUAUAUGUCAAAGAAAUUCACUCCAGAAAGGAUUCAUCCUUGCUUUUACAGUCUUCUCAUAAUGUGACUUUGAAUGCACGCAAUAGCGAUGGAAAUGUCACAGGCAGAUUAAGCGUAGAUCCAGACAUGGUACAAUUCCAUGGUCCAGAAUUUCAGAUCAACUCUAUGAAUCUGGAUGGAAAACCUCUUUUUACAGUGGACGACAGCGACACUGUAAUCGGUACAGAGAAACUUCGAGUUACAGGUCUAGAAGGUGCCCUUUGCGAACAUUCUGUAGAAACACCACUUAUCCAAGGUUUUGGAGAUGAUGUCAAAAAUCAGACACUCAGACUUGAAUCACCAACCCGGUCUCUCACCAUGAAUGCUCCAAGAGGAAUUCACAUCAAAGCAGAAAAUGGUGAUAUUGUAGCACUCUCUCAUUUGGAUAUCAAGUUCCAUAGUACCAAUGGCAUGUUGCUUGAUGCUCAAAAUUUGCUACUGCCAGACUUGCUUCAAGGAACAAAUGGAGAAUCUGAGAGAUCUGAAGGACUUUAUGAAAUUUGUGCUUGCCCAGAUGGAAGGUUAUUCUUAUCAUUGGCUGACAUAGAUUCUACUUGCUUACAAUACAGUCAUCCCUGUCAAUAAAGCACCAAAACAUAACUG